GUUUUGAUAUCCAACACACAAAGUAAAACUUCAAAUUCCCGGAGCAGAUCGCCUGAGGUUAGUCCACACCCAUCUCUAGCUAUCUGUUUCUCUCUAGGAUCCGGGCGUUGAAUUUGGUUUGAAGUGAUACGUAGAUAGAUCGUGUUUACUUUACAGAGGAGACAAUUUGAUUUCCUCCUUGGGUACAGUGUGUGAUCAAAUCAGCAAUGGGUUUCUUAAUAACAACCCUAAUUUUCAUCGCUGUUGGUGUUAUUGCAUCUCUUUUUGCUAGAGUUUGCUGUAACAGAGGACCAUCUACAAAUCUAUUCCACCUUACAUUGGUUAUCACAGCAACGGUUUGUUGCUGGAUGAUGUGGGCAAUCGUGUAUCUUGCACAGCUAAAUCCAUUAAUCGUUCCGAUUCUCAGUGAAGAGUGAGAUGCUCCAUGCAAGAGAUGUAGCUGAAACUUGUAUCUCUUUGGUAGGUCGACAUUGUGUAUGAUGGCUGAUUUGCUGGAAAACAUAUUAUUAUUUUGGACCAACAGUGAGAUCAUUCAUAUUUAUUUAUCUUUCUCAGAACAUGACUUGUCUGUUGUAUGUUUCUUGUAAGAAUCUAUUUCUCAAAUUGAUCUUUUAUUAUUUUCGUUCUUGUUCUCCAUUUGGCUAGAAUAAAAACCUGAUAAGUAUAUGUGCUUUUUUACUAGAACAUAAACUCCAGAGUUUCAUUGAAAUAAAUGGAGUGUAAAUCGUGGCUUCUAUGCGUAAUUUUCGGUCUUUCUACUA